UCAGGUUGGGCUGGUCCACUGUGACUGAACUCUCCCACCAGAGGAGCCGGGAGGACGGCAGGACGGCAGCUCUACGUGCUCUCCGUGACGGACACAAUAACGCACGACUGCUCUCAGAGAGCACGAGCUCAACUCGGUGCAGUGAGGUGUGUGCGCGCGCUCUCUGAAGAAGAAGGUUUCCUGCAAUAAAGCCUUUCAGCAUGGCUGAACGGGACGUGCCGAAUCCAUCAGUGACUGUCACUUCAAACAUAAAUAUUUGUCAUUUCUAUUAAGCUAUUCUGGACCAGAUAUGACAAACUGUGGCAGGGUUUCUCUUUUCUAAAUAUGACAUUCUGCCAAGGAACCCUGGCAGAGGCCACGUGAUCGGCGGAGCGUUGGCAAGAGUCGCUGCAUCUACAAAUGAACUGGAGGAGCAGUUUAUGCAGCAGGAAAAGCUUUUAUCCUCUGCAUUAGGAGGAGCAGAAAAGGGCUUGAAACCGUAGUAAUUGAAGAACAGAUGUGGUAUGAAUGUUAUCAAUCUGCAAGACACUUAAUGCACCUAACAGAUUACAAUGGGUCCUGCUGAAAACAUGAGCGUUUUCUCAGAUCGCUGUCCCAACUGCAGCACCUCCGCCAAACCAGAGAUGGACGUAGCCAAGGCGGUGGUUUUGGGGAUGGUGCUGGUGGUGUUUGUGGUCUUCGGGGUUCUUGGCAACAUCCUGGUCAUCCUGUCAGUGUUGUUCCACCACCACUGGCGAUCUGUGACACACUACUUCAUUGCCAACCUGGCAGCGGCGGAUUUGCUGCUCAGCUCCGCCGUCCUGCCCUUCUCCGCCACCUCGGAGGCUCUCGGCAGAUGGGUGUUUGGCCGGUCCUUCUGCAGCGUCUGGGCCGCUCUGGACGUCCUCUGCUGCACCGCCUCCAUCCUCAGUCUGUGUGUGAUCUCUAUUGACCGCUACUUGGCUGUCAGCUACCCUCUGCGCUACCCUGCCAUGGCUACUGGUCGGCGAGGCCUGACUGCAGUGGCUGCUCUCUGGGCACUCUCGGCGGCUAUAUCCGUGGGCCCUCUGUUUGGCUGGAAGGAGCCCGACCCGGAAGACGAGACGGUGUGCCGAAUUACGGAGGAGCCCGGCUAUGCUUUGUUCUCAGCACUCGGAUCUUUCUACAUACCUCUGGCCAUCAUCCUGGCCAUGUACUGCCGAGUGUAUACUGUGGCAAAGAGAGAGACGAAAACCCUCAGGAAGAGCAGUAAGGGAGAAGGGGUCGAGACAGAGGGGGUGAUGCUGAGGAUACACCGUGGGAAUGCUGCUCAGACGGGGAAGCAGGAGGACGACGAGGGGGCCACGACACAUAAACGCACCGCUUUUUCCCUGACAAGGCUGCUGAAAUUCUCAAGAGAAGAGAAGGCUGCCAAGACUCUUGGCAUUGUCGUCGGGUGCUUCAUUCUGUGCUGGCUCCCUUUUUUCCUGGUUUUACCCAUCGGAUCCAUCUUCCCAUCCUGCAAGCCUUCUGAAACCGUCUUUAAGAUCACCUUCUGGCUGGGUUACCUCAACAGCUGCAUCAAUCCCAUCAUCUACCCAUGCUUCAGCCGGGAGUUCAAGAAAGCCUUCCACAACGUGCUCCGCGGUCGCUGCCUGAGAACUGGGGCGCUGGCUGCCAAACCACAAGGACACAUCACCGCCCACUCCUCCAGUCCAGGCCGAGCGUCUAAUACCUCUGAUGUCUUGGCCCAAAACCGCGUCACUGCUCCCUCGUGGGGUUGCUGCAGGGCGCUGUCGACCUCCUCGUCGUCCGUCGGCGGUCCGGAUCAGGCUCAAAGUGCACAAAUCCAGAGAAAGAGUCUGCUGAAGGCGUGGUGUCUCUCAGUGAGUCGGACGCCGGUACCACGGAAGCCCUCCAGUCACAGAUCAACCAGGGUCUUACGCCUUUCUCUCGGCGUUACGGGAGAGGCUGUCUGAUGCAAUGGUGGAGUUUUCAGCAUCCAUUCCUGUACUUCGGUUUUGCCUCGUGGAAACACUUAUGUACAACUUUUGCAUGUAUAUUUAAAUUCCUCAGAGGCAUCAGAGUGCAGCGCCCUCCGAUAGUGAGACUUACCACCGGAGCAGGCAGAAGAUAACUCUGUUGCCUUAAGGCUUUAUGCCAGUGUAAAUGCCUGGAGUGUCAAAUAAAAUACUAUUUGCGAAAGUCAA